UUCGUUGGAUAGUGAGGACCUGUCAAUAUUUUGAUUGAAAAUCAAAGGCUGAUUCUGAUCAUUAUAAAUAUUUUGCCGGGUUUCUCUCGCCUUUAAUGAGGCGUUCGAAAUGGUCAUAAAUAAAUAUUUCCUUAUUUCCUAUAUUAUAGUCAAAUUCAAUUUGCUGGCGUGCUUAUUGGCACUUUAACUUUUGGAGCAAUAUCUGAUGCAUUUGGGCGUAAACCAGUUUCUAUUUUUGCAUUAACUGUUGGGAUUGCCUCAAUGUUUGCUACUGGUAAUAAUUUUUGAUUUUUAAAAAUUUUUUCUAAAGCAUUUGCACCAAAUUGGCAUUUCUUAUUAGCUUGUCGUUUUAUUCUUGGCCUCUGUAUUGGAGGAGAUUUGGUUGUUGUAUAUACUUUUGUGAUGGAACAAUUGUUACCAACUCAAAGGAUGGCUAUUAGAGGAUUUUUUAAUUGGGUACUUUUAAUUUUUGUGGAGAGAAGAGAGGAUGGGGGGGGGGGAUUAUGAAGUAGGAGAGAGAUAAAAGCUUGAAACAGAGAGUAACUUCUGGCUUCUAUUGUAAGAUGCUUUAGUGGGUUGAGAACACCUCGGUUUCGUGUCUUCAGUACCGGUUUCCUGUCGAAAUUAUGGGCAGCUUUCGGUCAUUGCUUCGGAUCAGUUAAAGGAUUAAGUAAGAAAAAUCGUCGGGUUGAGCUUGGCUUUCACUUUCUCUUAAAUUGAUCUUAAACUCCAACCUAGUAGGCUUCUUAAAUGCUCGCCACCUAGAUUUCACUUCGUCACUAUUCUUAAAAUAUCUUGAUUUCAAGGGAGUUGCUCGCCUAAUAUUUACUUUGAUUUGUAUGUUCUUUCCUGAUUGGCGUUCUUCAAGUAUUGCUUGUGCUAUAUUUUCAAUGCCUGCAUUAAUUAUCAUAAUAUUUUUAAUGCCUGAAAGUCCUACAUGGCUUCAUAGUAAGGGCCGUCUUGAACAAAUGCGAAUAAAUGAAAGAAAAAUUGCUCGGUUAGCAGGUUUUCCACCGUCAAUUAAAUUACCUGAACAUGAAAAAUUAUCACCAUCAGAAAAUUCUUUUUGGAAUUUAAUCAAAGAUAAAACUCUUUUGAGACGAGUUUCGGUUCUUUGGGUUAUGUGGCAAGUGAAAAAGAUUAUCUGA